CAAAAAGUUCCAUUAAAACGUUGGGAAGAUUGGGAACGAGCUCGUAUUCGCAGGAAUAAACGCACUGAACGUCAAGAACGCAACCAGCCAAGGAGUCCAACACAUUUAACACAUCAAGUUUAUGCAGGCGAUGAUCAAAACAACUCGUUACUCGCUUCAAACUACAUAAAUUAUGAAGGAGACUAUCAAGAUGCAAUGUCAAUGCACUCUAACGCUUCAGGAGAUAUUGGACCUCAACAACAAUAUUAUGAUUAUUCGACCAACAGGUAUCCAUCCCAAGAUAAUUACGACCGCUAUCAACAAGAACAAUUUGACAACGCUCGGUAUGGCAACACACAUGAUUUACAACGUGCACCAUCACCAAGAUUACCAGAAAACAAAUAUUAA